AUGGCGACUGCUGAGGUGAUUGUCCUUUCUUCCUCUCCAAUCACCCCAGCCAGAUCUUCCUUCCAAACCUCACUCGACUCGGAGAAGCAACCUAAGGCACCGCCACGAGAUCCAGCGCCACCACCGUUGCCGACCGCCGCCGAGCUAUUCCGACCUGCCACGACGUCCCGAUUCUUCGCAGACUCGUACACUACCGAGAGGGAUAACAAGGGUAAGGGUACCAAAAAGACGGCCAGUCAAUCGAAAUCCGAUGGAAAGAAAGCGCCUGGCAAAUCGCGGCAGAAGGCCGAGAAAUCUACGAAGCCGGAAGCGCUUGAGGUCUUAGAGCCGGAGACGAUCGAUUCAAGAGAUAACGCGGCGAAGAAAAAGACGACGCAGAAGUCUCGUGCUCGGAAAACGCCAAAGAGCAAGGAAGCAGGGAAUAUGAAAUUGAACGGCAAGGUUACGAAGGCGAGCAGCAAUGGCGAGACGAAGAAUCCGAAACAAGCAGCGGAAAAUUCUGUAUCGACGUCGCAACAGACUUCAAACUUGGAUGUGCCAGCACAACUUCAUCCGCAAGAGAAAAACGAGGAUUUACAAUUGGACGAAGCGAUAAGAAGACGACGAGACUGGACGCCCCCAACGGAAACCGCCCCUCAAGAUGGCGUCGUGGAAAAUUCCGAGAAUGCUCCCCGUGGAGGAGCAGGAGGACUAGGGAAAUUACUCUCUGAGUAUCAUUACUCUGGUGUGACACCUCAUCCUCGUGAGAUUCUUCAAAAUCUAGAAGGCGGGCCUACGAAGCGAAGAAAGAUAGAGCUGGUCGACUCUGCGAUUCAGGCAAUGCAUUUCGAAAGAUCUAUAUCGAAGGAGGUAUCUGCUGCGCAGUCAGAAGAUUCAUCGUCCUCUGGCGCUCCGACCAAGAAGAAACCGAAAGCUCCAAAGAAGCCGACAACUGUGACGGCUCGAAUGACCGCGCAAUAUACUUCAAAAGGUGCCGUGGACGAUGCAUUGAUCAAGGAAUUAUUACCUGAAAUCACAAAGGCCAAGUCUAGCCGGUCGAAAACCAAGUCAUUGGAUAAAGACCCGGUAUUCAAUGUGGUCUCCCCAGAACUAGCUGCAAAAACCUUGGAUGCACAAGAUCUCAUCUUUGGUACGUGCUCGCAGCUGGAGAGGGAGGACUCACCACAGGCUUUGCGAGAGAUGCAAGAGGCCAUCCGUGCCUCUGAGAGCAUUUCCACUGCAUUCUCAGUAGACGCGGGGAAAACUACAGACCGCGAAAAAUCCUCAGCUCGUUUAGGAUCCCGUCUUGCGGGCACCAAAAACCUAUGGGGUGUUGGAGCUCGAGGCGCUGAUGGAUCUUUAGUCCAAGCCGAGAAGGUGGACACUGUGGACCUGAGGAGCCGUACACAGGCAUCUAAAAGAGUCAGAAUGAUAGACCCAUUCCAAGAUGAUGAAUGGCUGGAGCCUGAUCACAAACCAUCAACGUCUGCUUUAAGAGACAAUGAAGCAUUGGACGAUACCAAGCCCAAUACAACCACGGAACGCAAGCUAUCUUCCGAUUCGGCCCCAAUGUUGCCGAUAAAGAGCAAGACAGUCCAUAUAACCAGCGAACCGCUAGCUUCGAAACGACCCGCCAUGCCACAAUAUACUGGAUUCACCGAUGCCGAACUUUCCAAGCAGGUCUCUGCAUACGGAUUCAAGUCUGUGAGAGGCCGGAAGAAGAUGAUUGAAUUGCUCCAGAAGUGCUGGGAGUCGAAACACGGUAAAGCAGAAAAGUUCGUGGAGAUUCAUGUCUUACCCGAAUCGAGCAUAGCAGCCACCACAGUUCCUGAACCAAGUAUACCUGGCGUGAUACCGAAUGCCAAGGGAAAAGGGAAACUAAAGGCAAACGAAUCAAUCUCGGCAUUAAUGAGCCCAUCUCGAAAGAUUGGUAGGACGCAUAAUCCCUCUACCUCUUCUUUCAACGAAGUCGAAGAAAUUCAGGAUUCAGAAGAAGAAAUCACUCCGUCCCCCAGCCGUGUUCAGAAACAUUAUACCGAGAUGCGGAUAGAUUCAAAGUCUGUCCCUGAGCUGUCUUUCGAAGUCUCGGCGAGCGCGCCGCCAAAAAGCCCGUGUCGCCGGAAAACGAUAGCUUCCAAAGGUUCGCACGCAGCAAAGUCAAAACCAAGCUCGUCACAACGGAGUAGCACGCCCGAUAUAGGCGCUCAGAUGACCAAAGCUAUACGCGCCCAACCCCUUCCAUCUAUUGGUAACCAUCGGAGUCAUCCUACUUGGUACCAGAAAAUCCUGAUGUAUGAUCCCAUCAUAUUAGAAGACUUUGCGACGUGGCUCAAUGUUGAGGGCUUCGCACUAAUAGGCGAAGACCGCGAGGUUGGUCCCUUGGAUGUGAGGCAGUGGUGUGAAAGCAAGGGGAUAUGUUGCUGCUGGAAACAGGGAAGCUGGUGA